CGGCCAUCAUCCACGGCUGAGGCAUGGAUGAGAAGCCAGCUGCACAAGCUGGCCACCCGGCGCCUCACGAUGAGCCGAUUUCGCUGUGCACCAGACUUCUGAAGUUCCUGUUUGGCCACGUGGGGCUGUUCCUGCUGGUGUCGGCGGUGGCGGCACUGGGUGCUAUGGCUUUCAUGGAGUUGGAGAAAGAGCAUGAAGCGCACCGGUACCUGCUGAAAAAGAACCGGGCCAGGGACAUCUUGGACGCCAAUAGCUACAUCUCCUCCUUCUUCUGGCACUACCAAGCCAACCCUAAUAUCACCUGGCUGCAAUGGGACCGCAAGGUCCAAAAUAGCUUGAAGCAGCUGGAACAAUACGUGGCGGACGCCGUCAACACGUACCAAUACGACGGCACCGUGGACGGCUGGAACACGGACUGGACCUUCUCCAAGGCUCUUCUCUUCACCAUCAGCAUCAUGACCACCAUCGGCUACGGGCACAUCUUUCCCCGGACGUUCCGGGGCCAGCUCUUCACCAUCAUCUACGCCAUGAUCGGCUCGCCGCUGCUGCUCGUCUUCCUGGCCAACGUCGGCGACGGCAUGGCCAAGACCUUCACCUACAUCUACAGUCGCAUCUGCUGCCGGUGGUGUCGCUCCCGUCGUUACCGGUCCGAGGCUGGCCCCGGCAAGAGAGCCAAGCGUCUGAGCGACGACGUGGUGGGAUCCGAGAACUUCAUGCCCACCGACAAGGUCCAGGUACCCAUCGUCAUCAACCUGAUCCUGAUCGGCCUGUGCCUGGUUUUUGGUGCCGUCAUCUUCGCCACCUGGGAAAGCUGGAGCUUCAGCUCGGCCUGCUACUUCAGCUUCGUCACCCUCUCCACCAUCGGCUUCGGGGAUAUGGUGCCCGGCAACAGCUUCCUCGACACCAACGAUGACGGCAUGGCGUCUUUCAAGAUGGCGUUUACGAUCGUGUAUUGCAUCUUCGGGAUGGCGCUCAUCAGCAUGUGCAUCCAGAUGAUGCAGGAGCAGAUCGUGACCAAGGUGCGCUGGACGGCUCACGAGCUUGGCAUCAUGAAGACGCCGGCCGCCGGACGUCGCGUGGUGCGUUACAAGCGCUCGCGAAGGGGUGCCGUGCUCCAGACGGCCGACGACGCCGACGGAGCCAACCCCACCAGCGGCUGGACACGCCGCCACUGA